AUGUCAGUGAACUCACUUCCAACACGUAUCCAUAAUGACGAGAUAGAGCCCGACCCAAUGGAAGACGAAAGUUAUUUUUAUCGACAUUACCCGGUGAAGUUUUCAGUCGAAAUAAAAAAUGCUAAAAAUACAAUCACAAAAUACUCGCCUUGCGGAAUGGUCUUUAUAACUGACAAACGAAUUAUGUUCAUUGCUGAAGAGCCAACGCCGGACGAUUCUUUUGAAACUUUUCACAUUUUCCUGGAAGAUGUCGUGUCUUCAGUGCGACGGGUAAACAAAUACUUUCGAAAGAAUGUCUUCUCCGUCACCAUCACCUUGAGGACUGGUGUAAUCAUAAAUAUGGACAUUGUUUACGAUAUGGAGGAUAUUGAAGACAAGAGAAUUUUUGAGGAUUAUUAUGGAAUGUUAGUUACGUGGGCUGCCAGAACGGUCCCCGAGAGGUACAGGACCGACAGUCGCGUCUCCGGCGUUAAAUAA